ACUUCCCUCUCACUGCACACAAUCCUCUCUCUGAGUUUAACCAUUUCACGUAAAAAUCUUGGUUCCAUGCUACAUUUGUUGUCUUUCUGAGACACUCGAGAGAUUCCUUGGCAUAUUUAAAAAGAGAUAUUUUUGUAUCUGCCCCUUCCAUUUCUCCAACAUAGAUAUAUAUAAUCUCGUCUCCUCCAUUACCACUCUCCACACCACCCACCUUAUCUCUCUUUAUCCCUCUCUCUGUUUCUUUCUUCAAUACAGAGAGACAUGGAUGUUCUUCUUCAAACCAGAGGCCUUCUCUCUCUCCCCACAAACCCCAGAAACAGGGUCACACUCUCACACCCCUCUCUCACCUUAAAGCACAGAUUUUUCUCUCCAAACCCAAAAACCCUCCCCGUCCCUUCUCUUUCUUCCAAUGGCUUCCCAAAAUUCUCAAAACUCAAUGUCUUUCCCCAAAAGGAGAAAACUUUGUUCCUGUGCAAGGCUGAGGCCGCUGCUGCUGCAGCAUUUGGGGAACCGGAAAGUGAACAACCAAAGUUUUUGGGCGUUGAAGUUGCAACCUUGAAGAAGAUUCUGCCUCUGGGGUUGAUGUUUUUUUGCAUUCUCUUCAACUACACCAUUCUGAGGGACACCAAGGAUGUGUUGGUUGUGACAGCCAGAGGAAGCAGUGCGGAGAUUAUACCGUUUCUGAAAACUUGGGUGAACCUUCCCAUGGCCAUUGGGUUCAUGUUGUUGUACACAAAGUUGGCUAAUGUGUUGUCCAAGCAAGCUCUUUUUUACUCUGUUAUUCUUCCCUUCAUUGCCUUCUUUGGAGCCUUUGGAUUUGUUUUGUAUCCUCUCAGCAACUAUAUCCACCCCGAGGCGUUUGCGGAUAAACUUCUCAACGUUCUUGGCCCGAGGUUCCUUGGUCCUCUUGCAAUUAUGAGAAUAUGGAGCUUCUGUUUGUUCUAUGUCAUGGCUGAAUUGUGGGGGAGUGUUGUCAUUUCCGUUCUCUUUUGGGGGUUCGCCAAUCAGAUAACUAGCGUUGAGGAAGCAAAACGAUUCUAUCCUCUAUUUGGACUUGGGGCCAAUGUAGCCCUCGUGUUCUCUGGUCGGACAGUGAAAUACUUUUCUAAUCUGAGGCAGAAUUUAGGUCCUGGAGUUGAUGGCUGGGCCAUCUCUCUAAAAGGAAUGAUGAGCAUAGUUGUGGGCAUGGGAUUUGCAAUCUGUUUCCUGUAUUGGUGGGUCAAUAGUUAUGUUCCUCUGCCUACACGAAGCAAGAAGAAGAAGGAGAAGCCCAAAAUGGGAACAAUGGAGAGCAUAAAGUUCUUGGUGUCUUCAAAAUAUAUAAGGGAUCUUGCCACUUUGGUGGUUGCAUAUGGAAUCAGCAUUAAUCUUGUUGAGGUUACAUGGAAAUCAAAGCUCAAAGCUCAGUUUCCUAGCCCAAACGAGUACUCAUCUUUUAUGGGCGACUUCUCAACUGCAACUGGCAUUGCUACAUUCACAAUGAUGCUUCUAAGCCAAGUUAUAUUUGACAAAUAUGGAUGGGGAGUUGCUGCCAAGAUCACCCCCACUGUCCUGCUUUUGACAGGAGUUGGUUUCUUUUCUCUCAUAUUAUUUGGCGGCCCAAUUGCUCCUGUUAUUGCGAAGUUUGGAAUGACACCACUGCUAGCAGCUGUAUAUGUGGGUGCCAUGCAAAACAUAUUCAGCAAGAGUGCUAAGUACAGUUUAUUCGAUCCAUGCAAAGAGAUGGCCUACAUACCCUUGGAUGAGGAUACCAAGGUCAAGGGGAAGGCAGCCAUUGAUGUUGUGUGCAACCCAUUGGGGAAGUCUGGAGGUGCUUUGAUUCAGCAGUUCAUGAUCUUAACUUUUGGUUCACUGGCUAAUUCAACUCCAUACCUGGGAGGGGUCCUUCUGGUGAUUGUUCUUGCCUGGUUAUCAGCUGCCAAGUCGCUGGAUACGCAGUUUACUGCCUUGCGCCAAGAAGAAGAGCUUGAGAAAGAGAUGGAGAGAGCAGCUGCUGUCAAGAUACCAGUGGUGGCCAAGAGCGAAGAUGGAAAUGGUUCUCUUUCAAGUGUUCCACUGUUAAAUCCAACAACUGGUGGUGACUCCUCAAGUAGUCCCUCUGAAGCCUCAACUCCUCGCAAUAUCUAAGCAUGCUUAUUUCUGCAGAAUUGAACGGCAGAAAGAGUGAUGUGUUAGCUCAAACUAUUUGUUGUAGGUCAUAAUCUCGUCAUAGUUUGAUUCCCUCUUUUUUUUUCUAGUCUCACUAUUGUUUACUUUUGUCUCGAUAGAUAAAUGUUUUUGUUCUCUCGUUGUGAAAUUUCCUAUUUUGUAGCACAUUAAAAAAAAUAAAAAAAAAAUAGAAGAAUGAACACAUUCGAAGUUUUUGUUUCAAA